UAAGGGUAAACACUCUCUCAUCUAACGGUACAUAAGCUAGAAGAGUGUACAAAUCAACGGUUAAGAUCAGAUCGUUCUAUUCAUCAAGAUGUGACACGUCAUCGUAUCCCUCUCUCUCUCUCUCUCUCUCUCAUAUUGAAACCCAUCUUCGAUUCACGAAAUUUGGGUAGAAAGUUUGCAUCUUGACCAACUGGGUAGCUUUCAAUACCUGCAGAUUUUGUAAACGAGUGUUGGAAUUGGAUUUUGGCGCUUAUUCUAUUGCUGUUUUGUAUAAUUUGUGAGUUUCUGAAGCUAUGGAGGCUUAUAAGAGAUGGGUGAGGCAGAACAAAGACUUUGUGCACUCCUUGGAGUCUUUGGCUAAUGGAUUGACAUGGCUUCUUCCUGAACGAUUCUCUGAGUCUGAGAUUGGACCAGAAGCAGUAACAACCAUUUUGGGAAUUGUCACUGCCAUCAAUGAACAUAUAAUUGAUACAGCUCCUGGCCAAAAUAUUACAGGCUCUGUUGAGCCCUAUUCAUUUCCUUAUCCGUUAUGUUUAUCUGCUUUAAAGGAUUUGGAAACGUUAGUUGAAGUUGUGGCACAACAUUACUAUGGUGAUGAUAAGAAAUGGAAUUUCCUUGCUGUUACUGAAGCAAUCAAGGCACUGGUUCGGUUAUCUUUGUUUCGGAAGAGUGGAUAUAAGAUGCUCCUACAUGGAGGGGAGACACCUAAUGAUGAGGUGAAUUUAGAUAGUUUUACUUCACAAUAUCAAGUAGGCUUAAAGCCUGAUGGGCAUCAUAGGUCUGGUUAUCUGAACAACAAUCUUGGUGCCAACCCAAUGAAUCUGGAAGGAAGAGCGCUAUCUGCUUUAAAUAGAUUUGGGGAAAAAGCCAGGAUGGUGUCAGAUCCAGCAUGGUUACGGAGGGUUCAACACAAACAAGCAACUAUGAAGCCUACAAAUUCAAGGGUAGAUAGGCCGACACUUUGCACCAUAUUGUCCAAAAAGGGUAUUUUUGGGGCUCUGUUUUUGGUUGGAGAAGUUCUAUUUAUUAGUAGACCACUUAUUUAUGUUUUAUUUAUUCGAAAAUAUGGCGUUCGAUCAUGGAGCCCUUGGCUCCUUUCACUUGCAAUUGAUUGCAUAGGAAACAGUAUUCUUUCACUUGUUACGACAUCGUUGGCUGGUGAGAAGGAGCAAAUGUUUCAUUUGUCUGCCCCAGAGAAGGAUGAGGUUAAAAGACGGAAGCUGUUAUUUGUACUUUACCUAAUGAGAGAUCCAUUCUUCAGCAAGUAUACUAGGCAAAAACUUGAAAGCACAGAGAAAGUUUUGGAACCUAUACCUAUCAUAGGAUUUCUUACAGCAAAAAUUGUUGAGCUUAUGAUUGGAGCGCAAACACGAUACACAUACAUGUCAGGAUCAUGAUACGAAUCCAGAACAAACACCCCGUUGCCCUCCAAGAUUGUGGGAAGAUAAAUAUUCUUACUCAACUGCCGCACUAUCUCCUGUUCCAUAUCUUUCAAAUCACCAGGAGAUAUCAAAUCCACCACUUUUAUGAUUGAAAAGUAGGAAACCAAGCAAGAUAAACAUUUCUUUUGCACAACACUCCCACACAUAGAAGGUUAGGCUGCAAGCCAUGUGUGGGACAAAUUGUUUGCAAUGAUGGCUACACUAUCAACUACUGAGUAUAAAUUGGAUUGGAAUAUUCCUUUGGGAGAUUUUGUUCUACUUCUACACAAUAGAGAUUACACUUGUGGCUCUGAGCAUCAAUUGGCAAGUUACCCUGUGAUCCUAGAACUAAGAAAAUUACAUUCU